AUGACCAUCACUUUUUCACAAAUAUCAAAUUUUCAGCUUCAUUUACCGACUGAAAAACUUAAUCUUAUUAUUCAUAUUCGAAAUGCAUUAAGUUGUAUUGGAGAAUAUAACAUAUCAUCUAUUAAUGUUGAAUCGAAUUUAAUAGAAACAAAUGAUUUGAAUUCAGUACCAUUUAACGAAUCAGAUCUACAUGAGUAUAAUAAAGAAAUAAACUCUUAUGCAAAUUUUCGAGAACAUUUAACAAAAUUUAAAAUAAAUCUUCUCACAAUAGCAUUAAGUAGUAUUAAAUUACAAUCAUUGUCAUUAGCACAAUUAACUCAAACACUCGCAUCAGAAAAAUGUUAUCAAUUAUCUUUUGCUUUAUAUUUAAUGUCAACAAGAAUUUCGUACAAAGGUGCACAAAUAGCUGUAAUUCAAACUUUUCCAUGUGCUAUGAAUAUUCUCAGUGAAGUAUCUAAUAUAAUAAUAAAAUUAGAUCUAAUUAUAAAUUUAGGCUGUUAA